GUGUAUACAUAUUCUUUUUAUUUUACAGAUCUUUAAGUGAUCUGAUGAGAGAAGAUAAAAGUGACCGCAAUUCCAAAAGGAGUCGAGAUCCUCAACUUUCUGAACGAGACAGAAAAACGGCUGUUCGACGCUCGUCUUCCAGAACUCGUGAAUUACGUAGUAAGAAAACGUCGCGUCAUGAGGAUGAACGCAAACGGGCAAUAAGUGGCAGAGGUGAAAAAGAAACUGGCCGCGAUAGCACACGCAACAGACAAGAUGGUAGACGGAAACGAAGCCCGAGUCCCAAUAUGGCAUCUACUCGUGGUGGAAGAACGCGUGUUGAUAACAAUGGACGUUCUAAGCGUGACGCUCCUGAGGCAAAGAAGGAGCGAAAAGAAGCCGAAAAACGAGAUCUGGUUCGUGGUACGGAUUUGUCACAAUUUUCUUUUGGUGGUAAUGAAGUUCAACAAUAUGAUAGUGCAAUAGCAAAUGGAGGGUUUGGUAGUAUUGACUUUCAAUCGGGCUUUGCAAAUUCGGGGUUUUCAAAUACAAAUUUCGCGGAUUCAGGAUUUCGUAAAAAUGCUGGAAGGGAUGAAUUUAACCGUGGUGGCAAUCAAUAUAAGCCCAGGAUACUUGCUCCAAAUAAUGGUGGAAGAGAAGGCAAUAAAGAAAUUCCUGCAGAUGCUCCCAAGUUUACUGUCAACGAACUUUCCGCAGAAUCCAUUAAACGAGAACAUACGCAGAAAGGCACAAAUCAAAGACGAUUUUUACCUAAUCAUGGCACUUUUGGAAUGAAACGUCAAUAUGCUGGUAUAAGAAGCGCCGCUACAUUUACUGGUGCACCGAGAAUGCAACAACAAAAACAUGAUGGUUCAAAUCCUACUGCUAGAACCAUUCAACCUAUUGAAAAGGUGGAAAGAAGCAAAUCUGAAACUGAACAGGCUCUUGUGCCUCGUGGAAGGAAUUACUUCAUUCAUGAUCAUCGUGAUACAGCGUUUGUCAAUCAACGCAAUCAAAACAAUAUUCGCUUUGGACAACAAGGUUUGACUUAUUAAUGGGACCGUCCAAAACAUGCAAGGUUGGGAGUUGGAGUCCCUUUUCAUGGUACGUCCUCAAAAUGCUGAGGAAAGGACAAGAAAAAGGAAAGGAUCUCCAGCUCUAAACUUGCAUGUUUUGGACAGCCUUGUUAAAAUAUUAUUUUAAUUUUUUAGGAAGAGGAAGACCAGCUCCAACUGGAUGGCGUAAUUUUGGUGAUAGAGAAGGAAAUGUUGACGAGGCUAGUUUUGCAAUUCAAAGUUAUGGGAGAGGUGGUGGGGGUGUCGGAGCGC